AUGGGUCGACAGGCCACCGCGGAAGAGCUGCUCGCCCAGGCUGAAGCCAAAGGCUACAAGAGAGGGGCUCACGCAGAACGUGACCAAGUCAGAAACCGAGAGAAGCAUGUCAAGAAGGUCAUUAAGGACCAAGAUAGAACCCUUCGGCGUUACGUCCUUUGGCAUCUCGCGGUGAUGCAGCGUGACGCCGCAGAGCAUCAACGGCCUCGACCAACCGAAGAAAUGGCUCGCGAACGCUGUCUCCGACCUGGUGUUGCGGCUCCCGACCUGGUGACGGUGAAGGACUUCUUUCGCUUCUACAUCGCCACCAGCAAGCCCCAACUUACCAGUGUACCCACCGUCGACUCCAUCAACACUAUAGUUGAAUGGUUUUUUGCCGGGUUCACUCGGGUCACCGGGACCGACACCGACAAGGAGGAGAGGAGUGAAGUCUACAACUGGGUACGGAAGGUCUUAACCCGCGAAGACCUGGUGGUGAAGAAACACCGACCGAAACACAACUUCCAGGAGCGAGAUCUGACCCGACUCUUACUGACCCUGUGGACGAAGGACGACCUCAGCUUCAUUCACGAGCGCUAUCGAAUCCAGUUCACGUUCAUCAUUCGUGUCUACUGCUGGACGGGUGCCCGACUUUCUGCCUUCUUCACCAACGGCCUUCGGUAUCGAGAUGUCAAUCUCGUACUACAACGCACAUCCACUGGUCGCUGGAGGCUGAUCUACAAGAUUGACCAGCGAUGGGUGAAGAACAAUCGGGAUCCCGAAAACAUAGUUUUUGGUACUGCCGGCCGUGAGCAUGACCGAUUCAUCUACGACGAUUCUGCGUUCCUCCUCACCAUGGCCAUGGCGGACAAGGCGCUGUUUGGUUACGAGACGUUUGCCGAUCUACAGGAACAGGAGAUUCCCCCUGGUGAGAACGAGCUGGUGCUGCGAUUCAAAGUAUCCAUGCUCGACAAGCCAAUUCUCCGCAAAUGCACCAAAGCGAGCGGUGUCAUGGAUGAGCCAAUGCCGAGAUCUGCCUUUUCGGACAUCCUGCGGGACACUUUCCGGAACGCGGGAUACCUCUGCACCACCUCUGUUCAUGCCAUUCGACGACAGUUGGGCAAGAAGGUAGACGAAAUUUACACCGAGGUCCAGCGGUCUCAACACCUCACCCAAGCCGAUCCCCGGAUUUUUGGUCAAAGCUAUGUCGCCAACACGUCUUCUGUCGAUGGUCAGGCUGCCUUUCUCGGCGAGCAGGUCGACCACAGCCAUAUCGAUUAUUUUCAGAGCCUCGAAAAAUUCCGAGAGCCGGGGCUACCGUGUGAAUUGCCUGCACAUAUUGAGGAGAGCCUGAGGCAGGAUCGUCGACGACAGGGGCUCGAGUUAGAGGUACAGAAGUCUUCCAAAAAGGAUCCUCUCCAACUCAAGGAGUCCAAAAAGCGCCUUGCCAGCUACCUAAAGACCCUAAGGGGCGGCGCCCUGCGCCAAUAUCAAGAAAGCUGGAUCCAGCAACGUCGGGACUGGAAAAUCAUUACACGGGGAAGAGAACAGGCGCGCGACCUGGAUCGGACCGACCUCGUCCAGAGCCUCUGUCUUCUAUUCCCCGAACGUGCACGCCUGGCACAGAGACUGGCGUCUGAUAAACUGCUGACGGCAGAGACCAAGUGGCUUGCCAUGGAGGAUCUCUACACUCUCUGCACUCGAGAUUUUUCAGUUCUCUACCUUCCCGGCUGUCAGCCUGUUGCAGGGACCUGCCCCGUGGAAUGUUGUCAACUGGUGCUUGAACGACUGCCCAAAGACGGCCGUAACCAGCACGUCCAAGUGUGUGUACGCCGCGAAAUCGCGAGCAAAGGGCAUUUCUUACAAAGUGACGUCCAUUACUGCCACUUGUGCUUCGACUGGUUCGUCGGGCAGGAGCUGUGGGACAGCCACUGCCAGAGACACCUUCAAACGCUGCCUUCGAAGCAAUGCGGGACGAUCACGUACUGCCACACCCUGGUCCGUCCUGGAUAUUGCCCUUUCUGUUUAGGCGACGUCUCAAAGUUGGCUGGACAGCGGCUCGGGUCGUGGUGUCGUGAGCACUCCCUAUGGACACACAUCGAUUCACAUUUAGUGGGACAGCAUUGGCCUCUCAGGUGUCCUCACCCUCAGUGUGACAAUCACCUGGUCGACGAGAAAGAUAUGCAGUUUCAUUUGAUCGACGAGCACGGCCUCGGUCGCACACGGCUCAAACAACUUGAAGCCUCAGCUCUCAGCUCACCCAGGCUUUCAGAUCAACCUCGUUUAAAGAAGAGGCUCAUUGACGAGGGUGAACUGUCUUGGAUGCUUCCUGAAGAUUUCUCAUCCUCUCACCCGGUGAAGAAGAGGCGACGGAAUUCGUCAACCAUGCCACCAUCGCCGCGGUCACCGCCAGACGAUCUCGUCACACCCCUGUUGCUCCACCACGUUGUUGCUCCACCAUCUCCUUUGCCCGCUACGGCGUCGAUGCCGCCUUGGGACGGCGAAGUAAGUCGCGGCGAUCGAUUCAGCCUAGACCGCCAGUCUCCCACAGAACUAUCGUCACUUGACAGUACUGACGGUACACUCGUCGACUCACCGCGAUGGGAUGACAGCGUAUUUCUUCAGUUUCUGCGCUCUCCUUCACCUGAAAGUGAAACACCGGCACGAGACGAUGAAGACGACGACGACGAAGACGACGACGACGACGAAGAGAAGAGUCACGUUGUACCUACCUCGGAUACGCCUACGACCAGCGCUAAUGCAGGGAAGGAAUCACGGGAUGAUCAGAGAACAAAUGCCCCUCCAGAAGGGCGGAGCAAAAUCAGUAUUCGUCUCCGAGUCAAGCCAGACCCGCCUCCGGCUCCACCCAGGACAAAGAUUGUCCUGCGUUGUCCUGCACGCAAGAGACUGCACCAAAGGACUCAGCGGCGUCGGCGAAAGGCGAAGUCUGCCCAGGAAGAAUAA